CUUCGAAUGGGCCUAACUAUCAAUUGCUUCUUUUCCUAUCUUAGUCAAUAGUCGUUGUGUUUUAAUACAUAUAUAUCUUAGUUUCCAAUUUCCUUCUCUAUCCUCUGUGAAGUUUAUUGAAUCUGUUGUCAAUUGAAUUUAAUUUUUAUGCACUAUAGUAUAUAAUUAACCUGGAAUAUAAGGCGAAUAAUCUCUCAAGAACAAACAUUUUUCAUGAUUUCCUUUACUUUUCAUCGUUUCUACAAACUUUACCAUUUUACACCUUCUACCACACUCCUCAAUGGCCAUAUAUUUACUUUUUUUAACCCCUCUUGGUGCCACACUCAAAUUAAUUGUUUUACAACAAACCCAUUGCCUUUAUCUUGUUCAAAUUUUGAUUCAGUUGUCAAAAGGGUAUGUUCUUUAGUAUGUGAUUCAUAUUGUAAAGUUCAAGAAAAUAGCCAUUUUAAAGCCACACUUCCUAAAUUGAAAUUGCCUAUAGAUUCUGAGUAUUUGAGUCAAGAACAGGCUAUAACUGUUGUUGCAUCACUAGCUGAUGAAGGAGGGUCAAUGUUGGCAUUGAGUUUCUUUUAUUGGGCUAUGGGGUAUGUGAAAUUUAGGCAUUUUAUGAGGCUUUAUAUAGUUUUAGCUAUGUAUUUGAUUAAAAAUGGAAACUUUGAGAGAGCCCAUGAAGUUAUGCAUUUUAUGUUGAGGAAUUUUUGUGAGAUUGGUAUGUUAAAAGAGGCUACAGAUAUGGUGUUUGAGAUGCAAAAUCAAGGUUUGAUUUUGAAUGCUCAGAGUUUGAAUUCUGUUGUUAGUGUUGCUAAUGAGAUGGGCUAUGUUGAGAUGGCUGAGAAGGUGUUUGGUGAAAUGUGUGAUAGAGGGGUUUGGCCUGAUUCGUUUUGUUUCGAGUCGAUGGUUGUUGCUUAUUGUAGGAUUGGAAGAGUUGUAGAGGCUGAUAGGUGGUUGAGUGCAAUGCUAGAAAGGGGGUUUCUUGUUGAUAAUGCGACGUGUACUUUGAUCACGAGUGUUUAUUGUGAAAAGGGGUCUGUUAAUAGAGCAUUGCGGGUUUUUGAUAAACUGAUUGAAUUGGGGUUGGCUCCGAACGUUAUCAAUUAUACGUGUUUGAUAAAUGGAUUGUGUAAGAAAGGGAUAAUUAAGCAUGCGUUUGAGUUGUUAGAGGAAAUGGUUAGAAAAGGUUUGAAACCGAAUGUUUUCACUCAUACUGUAUUGAUUGAUGGUCUUUGCAAGAAGGGAUGGAUGGAUAAGGCAUUUAGACUAUUCCUAAAACUUGUGAAGAGUGACAAUUACAAGCCUAAUGUGCAUACAUAUACAGCUAUGAUAGCUGGAUACUGCAAACAGGAAAAAAUGAAUCGUGCAGAGAUGCUUCUAAGCAGAAUGCAAGAACAAGAGUUGGUCCCUAAUACCAACACCUACACUGCUCUCAUUGAUGGGUACUGUAAAGUAGGAAACUUUGAUGUUGCUUAUGAGUUCUUGCGCGUGAUGGAUGAAAAAGGUUUGGCGCCUAACAUUUUUACGUAUAACGCAGUCAUUGAUGGUCUAUGUAAAAAGGGAAGGGUUCAGGAGGCUUACAAGAUGCUGAAGAAAGGUAUACAAAGUGGAAUCUCUCCAGAUUUAGUAACUUACACCAUUCUCAUAUCUCAAAGCUGCAAGUUAGCAGAUAACAGACAAGCUUUUGCCCUCUUUGGUAAGAUGGUCAAAGCUGGUAUCAGCCCUGAUAUGUAUACGUACACCACAUUAAUUUCUUCCUUGUGUAGGCAAAAGAAAAUGAAAGACAGUGAAAAGCUCUUUGAUGAGGCUGUAAGUUUAGGUUUGAUACCUACCAAAGAGACUUGUACUUCCAUGAUAUGCGGAUAUUGUAGAGAUAAAAGUGUGGCCAUGGCCAAGAAGUACUUCCAGAGGAUGGGAGAAUAUGGUUGUGCACCUGAUAGCCUCACUUAUGGUGCUCUGAUUAGUGGGCUUUGUAAGGAAUUGAAGUUAGAUGACGCUAGAGAACUUUACAAUACAAUGAUUGAUAAAGGAAUUCCCCCAUGUGAAGUAACACGGCUGACUGUAGCUUAUGAGUAUUGCAAGAACAAUGAACCAACCAUUGCGAUGCACCUCUUAGAUAGAUUAGACAAAAAACUUUGGAUCCGAACCGUAUCUACCCUAGUCAGGAAGCUCUGCAGUGAAAAGAAUGUGGAUGUAGCUGCUCUAUUUUUCCAUAAACUGCUAGACAAACAACAGAGUACAGAUCGAGUAACUCUUGCAGCAUUUAUGUCUGCUUGCUACGAAAGCAAUAACUAUGACCUUGUUUCUAGUAUGAAUGAGAGGAUAACAAAAGAUUUUGGAGAACCUAUGGCAGAGUGAUCUUGUGACUUGCUGAACAACAACCGAAGGGCUAUUUGAUGGGUAUGCAGAUAGCAAGUUAAAUUGAUCGCUUUGUCCUCUUAGGUUGAUCCUCCUACUCCACGUCACGUCAUUCAUUCAGGACGGAGGGAAUAUUAGCUUGUGUCAGCUUGACUUGGUGGAUAUUGCUUGAUUAUUAAAGCUGAACUGUCACACUACUGCUUGACACGGGCAAUGGAAAAGUAAGAAUCAAGUGCUGAGCUCAUUUACUGAUUUGACCAGAAGCGCGUAGCUUUCUCAGAAGUCUACAUUGUUUGGGCUAUGUGGAUUUUAGCGGUCUGUGGAAUGGUGACCUCUCCUCUUCCUUCUUAGUCUUCUCACGUAGCUGGGGUAAAUCAAGAUUGAAAUUGUUCAUUUUCCUUCUUUUUUCAUCAAUCUUAAUUCAAGACAAUCUGAGCAGUAUGAGAAGAUAUGAAAACACCGGAUCAGAACUGAAAGCAAUAUGCGGAACUAUCUUCACCAAGCUUACGCUCGGUUUCUAAUUUGUAUUGUUGGUGCCAGGACAAUGUGUACCAUUCUGUUACACCUUCGCCUAAUUUGAACGUGACGGACUUACAAUUGAAAUGUGUCGACGUAAUGUGUGCUAAGUUUUCAGGUCAAUGUAAAAGAGAGCUGGAGAUGGAAAUUCAGUUGAUAAAAAAUAAGUUAGUCUUAAUAUUGAAUACUCCAACUUGUAUAGUAAAUAAUAAAAUGUAGAUGAGCGGGACAUACCAUGCUGCUGCAAUUUUGUCCCAACUGGAUUGUGCUUAAAGAAAUGAAACCUAGCUCCAAUAGUUAUAAAUUAAUUUGUAGUGUCUAUUUAUUUGUGAUUUUUUUGAUCUUGUGUUGAGGCAGAUGGCCAAGCUGAGGAAGAUUCUUUUCCGGGGCAAGUUGUUGAAUGGAACUCUUUCCAUGAAUUUACUGUGAUGAUGUGCUCAAAAGAGAAGCUCCAGUAAACCUCCCUUACAUUAUGAGGAAGUUGACAAUUACCAAAAUGUUCGUAGUAGGAAAAUCAGGUAUUGUUCUUUUUCUUUCAUAUGUAAAUAAUCAGUGUUCAUACAAUAUUGGAAAAUGAGGAAAAAAAGUUAUCAGAAACUAUUGUACAGCGGGAGAGAAUGAUUGGGGCCAGUUAUUUGACUGCAAAUACCAAUCACCUUAUCCCUUCUUUUUAAUGUCAGAAGUUGUUGGCUAGCUGACUAUGCAGCUGUCAAGUCAUUUGUAAGGGAAGGAGAUCCAGGACCAUAGCUCUAGUCAUCGCUAAAUAGUUGCUUGUACAGAAGGUGGUUUUGGUUUCCACUCAUUUAGAUUUUGAUGCAUAAACCUCUUCAGCAAGAUCAUGGUUUUAGAGAAAGUCCUCUGGUGUCAUCAUUGCAGAUUCUUGAGAUUGGACAUUACAGAGGAAAUUGCCAUUUUUGUUGACAGAAGUGGUAUUUAUUGCAGGCUACAUCAGACAAUCCUUAGCUUGUUCAAUCUAUUUAGGCAUCAUGGAACUCAAUCUUUGCCUCCAUUUCCAGGCUGACAAUCCAAUCUUAAGUUCUUUCUCUAUCUCUUAUUGAGUUUGUGAAGAAUGAAGCAUUUUACCAAGAGUGGCGAAUAUCAAUUGUACUUCGUAAAUGGAAAAAUUCUAGACUUGUUGAGUUUCUCUGUCAUGGUAUGCGGAGAAUUGCUAGCCAAAGGUACUAUAUAUAAAAGGAGGCAUUGAUGUAUGGAUGAUGUUGCUGACAUGCUAUCGUUAAGGUCAUAUGCAGUUGUUCCUAGCUAGGCUGAUGCCUUUGCUUGAGUCUUAAACUCAAAACUGGCUGCAAAUGCCCAUUUGAGCUCUCUCUGAAAUGCAAAAUGUCUAUAGUUUCUUAUUCUUUA